AGAAGCGACUGGAGGGAAGUGGCCUGACCCCUCACAUAUAAAUUGCCAUUUCUACUUGAUUGGUGACCCCUCUGGAUUUUUUUGUUCUAACCCUCUGCUUUUGAUCUUCUUCGACCUUUCCUCAUCCUGGAUCGUUAGAUCGAGAGUGCUUAACUGCAGGAACAGGAAAAAAUCGAUUUGUGAUUCGUUAAUUAUUUAUUAGAUUCGAGCUUGUUCAAUAGGAAAGUGAGAUUUUGAUGAGAUUUCCCUUUUUACAUAGGGAUGCUGUGCAUCGGCUACUUGGGAGAGGGGAAGGUGUAAGUUUAUCUACUUCUCUUUUUGGUUUCUGAGCAAAAUGAAUGGAAGUAAAAGCUAACUAUGAAAAUGAUUUGAGUGUUUUAUUAGCUGGGAACUUGAAAGGAUGAACUUAAUUUUGGACAAGGAAAGUGCUUUUAUCGAGUUGAACAAAGCAAGACACUCAAGAUACCCAGUACUUCUUGCAUUUUUGCAUCUCUCUGCAAUAAUAGAUUAUAGAUAUCGGGUAGCUCUUUAAUUUUAUGAUCAAAGAUUGGAAAGAAGUUCAUUGUUUAAUAAACCUGAGAAGCAAUAAGUUGGGAACUUAGUCCUCAUUUUGUGAAGUAUUCACUCAGUGCCAUUUUUGUUUAAGUCAUGAAAGUCUUUUUGGUCAGCCUUUCGUCAAAUGGAGAGAGAGAUUAAACUGACAUUUGUUUGUAUUUUAUCGAUCUGCAGGUCAGCAUGCUUAUCUAGCUGAGUUGUUGGGAAAUCAAAAUCUGUAUUUGUACUACUUUCAAUGGGUGAUCACAAUGCUAAUGUUCGGCCUUCUAAUAGCAAGUCUUCAGGGGCCACCAAUCCUUAUUCUAUAGAUUUGGAUAACUUCACUAAGCGGUUGAAACUGUUAUAUUCACAUUGGAGUGAAAACAACAGUGACCUGUGGGGUGCUUCUGAUGCUCUUGCUGUAGCAACACCUCCGCCUUCUGAGGAUCUGCGGUACCUGAAGUCAUCGGCACUGAAUAUUUGGUUGGUUGGUUAUGAGUUUCCAGAGACCAUUAUGGUCUUCAUGAAGAAGCAGGUUCAUUUCUUAUGCAGUCAGAAAAAGGCUUCUCUGCUUGAUGUUGUGAAGAAAUCUGCCAAGGAUUCUGUUGGGGUUGAAGUUGUGAUGCAUGUGAAGGCCAAAAGUGAUGAUGGAAGUGGCUUGAUGGAUAACAUUUUUCGUGCUGUCCAUGCUCAGUCAAACUCUAAUGGUCAUGAUACUCCUGUCAUCGGGCACAUAGCAAAAGAAAGUCCUGAAGGGAAGCUUUUGGAGAUAUGGGAUGGAAAGUUAAAGAAUGCAAAUUGUGAGUUAAGUGAUGUGACAAAUGGGUUCUCAGAGUUGUUUGCUGUCAAAGACAACAUUGAGCUUACUAAUGUGAGGAAAGCAGCAUUCUUGACUUCAUCAGUCAUGAAGCAGUUUGUGGUACCAAAGCUCGAAAAGGUGAUUGAUGAGGAGAAGAAGGUCUCCCAUUCUUCAUUGAUGGAUGACACAGAGAAGGCAAUUUUAGAACCUGCUAGAAUUAAGGUGAAGCUGAAGGCAGAGAAUAUUGACAUAUGUUACCCUCCAAUUUUUCAGAGUGGGGGAGAAUUUGAUCUGAAGCCAAGUGCUGCAAGCAAUGAUGAGAAUCUUUACUAUGACUCCACUAGUGUGAUUGUAUGUGCAAUUGGAUCCCGAUACAAUAGCUACUGCUCAAAUGUUGCUAGAACUUUUUUGAUUGAUGCCAAUUCCAUGCAGAGCAAGGCAUAUGAAGUCCUGCUUAAAGCCCAAGAAGCAGCAAUCGGUGCAUUGAAAUCUGGGAACAAAGUCAGUGCUGUUUAUCAAGCAGCACUUGCUGUAGUUGAGAAGGACGCACCUGAAUUGGCUGGAAGCUUGACUAAAACUGCAGGAACUGGAAUUGGCCUUGAGUUUCGUGAGUCAGGACUUAGUCUUAAUUCCAAAAAUGAUCGAAUUUUGAAACCUGGAAUGGUUUUCAAUGUGUCACUUGGCUUUCAGAAUUUGCAGACAGAGACUAAAAACCCAAAGACCCAGAAAUUUUCAGUGUUGCUCGCAGAUACAGUGAUUGUUGGUGAAAAGCUCCCUGAUGUAGUAACUUCAAAGUGUUCCAAAGCUGUCAAGGAUGUGGCAUAUUCAUUCAAUGAUGAUGAUGAUGAAGAAGAAGAACGGCCCAAAGCCAGACUUGAAGAUAAAGGGGGCGAGACAACUUUGUCUAAGGCAACACUCAGGUCAGACAACCAGGAAAUAUCGAAGGAAGAACUACGAAGGCAGCACCAGGCUGAACUUGCCCGGCAGAAGAAUGAAGAGACAGCCAGGAGGCUUGCUGGUGGGGGGUCUUCCGCGUCAGACAAUCGAGGUUUUGUGAAGACGAUUGGUGAUUUGAUUGCAUAUAAGAAUGUCAAUGACCUACCCCCUCCAAGAGACUUGAUGAUUCAGAUUGACCAGAAGAAUGAGGCUGUUCUAUUGCCAAUUCAUGGAACCAUGGUCCCUUUCCAUGUUGCUACUGUCAAGAGUGUGUCCAGCCAGCAGGAUAGUAAUCGAACCUGCUACAUACGGAUAAUAUUUAAUGUUCCUGGCACCCCGUUCAGUCCUCAUGAUGCAAACACUCUCAAGUUUCAAGGGUCAAUAUAUUUGAAGGAAGUUUCGUUUCGCUCCAAGGAUUCUAGGCAUAUAAGUGAAGUGGUACAACAGAUUAAAACCCUGCGUCGGCAGGUCACUUCCAGAGAGUCUGAGAGGGCUGAAAGGGCAACCUUAGUUACUCAGGAAAAGCUGCAAUUUGCAUCUGCCAAGUUCAAGCCUAUAAAAUUGCUAGAUCUUUGGAUUCGCCCUGUCUUUAGUGGUCGUGGAAGAAAGCUGACUGGUUCACUUGAAGCCCAUGCAAAUGGGUUUCGAUAUUCAACUUCAAGGCCGGAUGAACGUGUUGAUGUUAUGUAUGGUAAUAUCAAACAUGCGUUCUUCCAACCAGCAGAUAAGGAAAUGAUCACUCUUCUGCAUUUUCAUUUGCAUAAUCACAUAAUGGUGGGGAACAAGAAGACCAAAGAUGUUCAAUUUUAUAUUGAGGUGAUGGAUGUGGUCCAGACUGUUGGAGGUGGAAAGAGAUCUGCCUAUGACCCAGAUGAGAUUGAGGAAGAACAACGGGAGAGGGACCGAAAGAAUAAAAUAAACAUGGACUUCCAGAACUUUGUAAACCGGGUGAAUGAUGUUUGGGGCCAACCUCAAUUCAAAGCACUUGACCUUGAGUUUGAUCAACCCUUGAGAGAGCUUGGGUUCCAUGGAGUCCCCCAUAAAGCCUCAGCUUUUAUUGUCCCUACAUCAAGCUGCCUCGUUGAACUGAUAGAGACUCCUUUUGUUGUGAUCACCCUGAGUGAGAUUGAGAUAGUUAAUCUAGAGAGAGUUGGUCUUGGGCAGAAGAAUUUUGAUAUGACUAUUGUAUUUAAAGACUUCAAGAGGGAUGUCCUUCGGAUAGACUCUAUUCCAUCCACAUCGCUAGAUAACAUCAAGGAGUGGCUAAACACAACUGAUCUCAAGUACUAUGAGAGUAGAUUAAAUCUGAACUGGCGGCCUAUACUGAAAACAAUCACUGAUGAUCCAGAAAAAUUUAUAGAGGAUGGUGGUUGGGAAUUUUUAAACAUGGAAGUUAGUGACUCGGAUUCUGAGAACUCAGUGGACUCAGACCAAGGGUAUGAGCCUUCAGAUGUACAGUCUGACUCAGGAUCUGAAGAUGAGGGUGAUGACAGUGAGUCACUGGUGGAGUCUGAGGAUGAUGAGGAUGAGGACUCUGAGGAAGACUCAGAUGAGGAUGAGGGUAAGACAUGGGAAGAGUUGGAGAGAGAAGCAAGCUAUGCCGACAGGGAGAAGGGGGAUGACUCAGACAGUGAAGAAGAGAGAAAAAGAAGGAAGAUGAAGGCCUUUGGUAAGGCUCGAGCACCAGCUCGAGCACCUCAUAGAAGGAAUGCUAGCAGUAGUCUUCCCAAAAGGCCCAAGUUAAGGUGAAUGAAGGUGUCCGUCUUGUUUUAUUGAUAUGUCGAAGGUAAACAAGGUGUCUGUCUUGUCUUAUUGAUAUGUGGAAGGUAAACCAGUUGGUGCUGCAUCGGUAGAUGGUAGAUGCCUAAUCUAGCCAGUAAAAUCUCUCUUAUGAGAGAGCACAAGUUGAAAAUGUUUUUGUUAUAGUGCUGUUCUGUUUGGAUCUGGAUCAAACUUGUUCAAUUAUAUAGUCUGUGCUUGUAAAAUAGUGGGUUGAGGGUCAUAAAUUUUAGCAGGUCAGUUGCUUGUAAUGCUUUGGAUAUAGUAACAGCCACUGGAUGCUAGUUAGUCUUCUUCGCAAUAUCCAGGCAUGGUGACAUGUGGUUUUAGUUGCCCGAGCUCAAUGGGGACGUUAUAUCCCUUUAAAUUGUGAAACUUGUCCGGCUGAUAGAAGAAAGAGUGGUAUAUUUUCUUUGUA